GUCUUGCGUCAAGUGUCGACACCCACCCAAGCACCGACACCGUCCGGCAUAGUCGAGUCGAUUUAUAUAACACGUGGUUGACUCUAUCGGCGUUGCUGCUGCUGCUGCUGCUACUGCACCGAAACCGCCGCGCCAAAAGCCGAAGACACGCAUGCAUACCAAUUGCAUACAGUCAAAAUAAGCAGAUCGAGUUCGUCGCUUGGCACUUGUUAUGCAGAGACUUCAACACGCCCAAUCAGUUCGGCUCGCGCAAUGAACGGAAUCGGAUUACGGAUACGGGUGCCGGUCGGUGGAAGACCUUUUCCAUUGGCACUUCCACUGUUACUGAUACUUCUGUCAGCUGAUUAUGGACUGGCUUUUUACAAAUCGUUUGAAGAGUUGAGUGUGCAUACGCUUACUGAUUAUGGAUCACUCGAUGAUUGCUCCCUGCGUCUUCAGAAAUUAUAUGAUCGAAAAGUUUCCACACCAGCAGCAACAUUCUCAACUAAUUCGAAGGAAUUUGCACACCUGGUUGCGAUUGGAUGGAAACAGGUGGAUGGCGAGGUGGAGUGGCGCUGUUCCGGUACAUUGAUCGCGGAGGAUUUCGUACUUACUGCAGCCCAUUGUACUCAGGAUGAUGGAAAAGAACCGACGACUAUUCGUGCCGGUGACCUGGAUUUGUACAGUGCCAAAGACGACCACUUUGCGCAACAGCAAGAUAUCGCGGAAAUCAUCCGUCAUCCCGAGUUUAACUUCACCAGCGCCUAUCACGACGUAGCACUGAUCAAACUUGCAAAACCAGUGACCGUGACAGAUUUUAUAACACCGGCUUGUUUGUACACGAACGAAUCGCUCUCAUCUCAGAAACUGUAUGCGACCGGAUGGGAUUUCUAUACCGAUGUCUCGCCGCCAAUUUACAACACCCCACUGAAACUAAUCGACCAAGACCGCUGCAAAUUCUCGUAUCGCGACCUCAAAGAAGCUUUCCGAAAGGGAAUCAAUCGAAUGUUAAUGUGCGCUGGGGAUGAACUAUUAACGAACUGUCCAGGAGAUACCGGAGGACCACUUCAAGUGAAACUACUAUCAAGCUCUAAAUAUACUCCAUUUGUAGCUGGUGUUUCCGCACUGGGAGUACCCUGCGGCCAAACAACACCUGGAGUAUAUGCCAAAAUUUCCCACUACAUCAAUUGGAUAGAAGAUGUCACCAAAUUAAACUUCGACCCACAAGCGUGUGUCAUAAGACAUAUUUCCCAACGAGAAUCAGACGAUGCUCUUGUGCCUCCAGAGUUAAAGACUAGCAUCGAGCAACCUUAUCUGACUGGCAAAAAGGAAUCGACGUCAGCCGAUCCCACCAGAGCACAGCUGCAGGUUUUUAAAGAGUUCAAGUGUGCCGUCGGAAAAGAUGGCGAGAACGUUGAUUGGAUCUGUGGCUGUACGCUUGUGGCUCAGGAUUUCGCACUGACGUCAGCUCGAUGCCUUAAAAAUGUCGAGGUCGACAUCGUCAACUACAAAAACGACUGGAAGCGCAUAGACGGGAUAAUCUUCCACCCGGACUACGACAAAAAAACGCUCUACAACGAUCUGGCGCUGAUACGACUGCAAACCGAUAACAGGAAUCGAUACGAUUGGAAAUCUGUUUCUUGCAUCGCUGCUAUCGAAGAUCAAAGACAGUUCCUUUCGUUCGGCAUCGGACCGUACAACUUGAACGACGAUGGUUCGACGGAUAACAACACUGAUGGGACGGAGCGCUACCUGACAGUCACGCUUCAGCUGUUGGAAAGCGCCAAUUGUACCGAACAUUAUAAGAGUUACGGCAUCCUGAAGGACGGCAUCAACGAGACGCAAUUUUGCACGUGGUCCAAGGAUGCACUGGUUCCGGGAACGUGCGAGCCGUGGAACGGGAACGAGGUACUGAAUGAAUUAAGACCCGCCAGUGACACUAACCCGUUCCCAGAGGAUCUUAUCGGUGUUGGCUCGUAUGCACCGGAUUGUGGCUUCGGUGGGCGGCCGAUGGUCAGUACAAGGGCAAUUGCUUUUCGCGAAUGGAUGAAUUCGGUUAUCUACAGAACGAUUAACGUCAACGCCGUCAGGCAAGUGCUGAUGGAAAAGGAACUCGCGCUUGACUACAUCUGCGAGGCCUCGGACCGGGAGGCGGGGGUGUGUGUGCAUAUUGACCACUGCAGUCACCGCGCACUGUUGGAUGAAAUCAAAUUCUGCAUCAACGAAACGGCACCGAUAGUGUGCUGUCCGGUUAAUUCGUUCAUCGCUACGGCGCAUUUGCCACUGCUCACCGAAUGCGAAACCAAUUACCAGCGCUUCAGGAAGAAGUACGUGAAUUUUGCCUCGCCCGAAGGUCACCGGGUCGAGGACGGUGAACACCCGCACGCGGUGAUGAUCGGAUGGAAAGUCAACAGCACCGCCACCAAUUGGCACUGUAUGGGAACGUUAAUUAACAAAAACACGGUCCUAACGACAGCCGGAUGCACAACCGUGGUCAAAAGGCGCAGCCCGGAUGUGAUCAGCAUUGGCGAAUCUGACGUUGGCAAAAUCUACGAUGGCGUAGCACAAAUUAUACGUGUGACGGACACCAUUCGUUACCCAAGCUACAAUCCCAAAACGCACGAGUACGAUAUUGCCAUACUCAAGCUGGAGUCCGAAGUGGUUGUCAACGAGAAUGCAAUCCCGGCCUGUUUGUGGCGUGAUUUAAAUCGAACACCUUACUACACGCAGGAGGUGCAGUUCGAUAAACAGUUUCUCACCGCACGGGACAAGAACCUGGUGCACAACCGGGACUGCAAACAGUUUACUUCCCACACCGAGCUCAACAACGACCAGAUGUGCUGGCAGGAGUUCAAGCUGCGUCCCGAUGGUACCGAGGCGGCAAACUGCGGACACCGGGGUGAUCCAUUUAUUUCGUUCCAGCGGAGCAACAAUAUCUACCUGCCCUAUCUGGUCGGGCUGUACAGUUUCGGGGACAAGUGCGCUUCCGGGGAGCCUGUGGUUGCCACCCGGAUCUCGUCCUACCUCAACUGGAUUAGCCUGUACCUUUAGUGGCACCGUCACUGUUGAGGGCAGGAGGGGGACAGUGUCACGUAUCAAACUAUCGUCGGCCUACACCCACUAUGGUUAUUGCGUUCCGAUCGAGUAAUGCUGCAGCGGUGACACUUGGAUGGAGGCGUGUUCAUAGAUAAAGUGCUUUUUGGGGACGAUUCUUUGGACGACAAUAAAUCGUUGCUACUUGGGCCCCCGCGAAUCAGCACAAGUUCAGACAUGGAAAGCAGAAGAGUGAAGUUUGAAUAAAACUAAAAGUAAAACAUGAAAUAAUUUAUUAUUAAAUCUUUUUGCUGUAAUAAAAGUUAUGAGAAAUCAUUUCAUGGAUACCGUCACAUCUAUGUUGUAACGAUAAAGUUAUAUACCGUACACUGUAUAUUGUACAUUAAAUAAAUACUUUUAAUUAACAGUGGCUACGUAAUUGCCACAAAAAUAAAAUAAUCGAACCGAAAUAUUAUUAAAUUAAAUUACAGAUACAUUCGAUGUAUAAUUUUAUCCGAAGGGAAAGCGAUAAACUGACCGAUUACCAUGGUAUACGGAAUCAAAUUGCAUCACUAGAAAAAGUUCGUCAAAUUUCCAUUCAUCCGAUGCUUUUCAAACUUU